AUGUCCGUUCAAGACUACACCACUGCUUUAGAAUACUUGAAAACUUAUGAUCGUAAAGAUGGUUUAAGUGUUCAUGAAUUAAUGGAUUCUCAAGUUAGAGGUGGUUUAACUUAUAAUGAUAUCUUAGUUUUACCAGGAAAAAUUGAUUUCCCAUCCUCCCAGGUUUCAUUAGAUACUAAAUUAACUAAGAAAAUUUCAUUAAGAACUCCAUUUGUUUCAUCUCCAAUGGAUACUGUUACUGAAUCUGAUAUGGCUAUUCAUAUGGCUUUAUUAGGUGGUAUUGGUAUUAUUCAUCAUAAUUGUACUGCUGAAGAACAAGCUGAAAUGGUUAAAGCUGUCAAGAGAUUUGAAAAUGGGUUUAUUAAUGAUCCUGUUGUUAUUAGUCCAAAUCAAACUAUUGGUGAAAUUCAAGCUUUAAAACAACAAUUAGGUUUUGCUGGAUUCCCAGUGACUGGUAUGUUAUAA